CCGGUACCAUACCCUACCCCGGAUGUUGGGAGCUCACUGAGCCUUCAAGACCUCAGCUUAAUUGACAUAUCGGGAAACUCGUCGCUACCAUUCUUGCAGUUGUUUCUGCAUAUCAUCGGGGUUCUUGUCCAUCUCCAGCGCCGCCUUUCUUGCCGACACCGGUACUCCGCACCUGGGCGUCGAUAGCUACAGCUCUCGUAACCGACAAUUUAAAAAGCCUACGCCGCUGUUGCCCGGUCUCUACGGAUUUAUUUACGCGUCUCGCUUCAACUAUUUGGUACCUGCUCAUCUUUAUUGUUACGCGCAUAUAGGAUCAUGGGCCCGACAGAUCGUCUCAAGCAACUAGCUUCACAGUUCAUAUCGGCCAAGCCAGUCCCUGGCCCACCUCCAAUUCACCCCGGCGACAGCCAUGAGUACCACCAUCGCCAUAACUUCCACACCUUGAGUCCCACGUCCUUCCUUUAUCGAGCCGCGCAAAUUGAACCCCAUGCGACAGCCAUCUACCACAAGACUGCCAACGGCAAGAUCUUGAGACGAUCUUACGAAGAAACUGCUAAUCGCGCGAGAGGACUGGCAUACUAUCUGCGCAAGUAUGGCUACAAGAGAGUGGGGAUCCUAGCCACAAAUACACCGGCUUUCCUUGAGGCUAUCUUUGGUAUCGCAGCUGCUGGGGCAGUCAAUGUUGCGAUCAAUUAUCGUCUAAAGCCAGAUGAUAUCAGCUACAUCUUUCAGCAUGCAGAUGUCGACAUGAUUAUCGCCGACUUCGAGUUCGUCAAAAUCCUUGAUGACUACAGGAAGGAGAGACCGAACGUACCGAUCUUAGUCGAUACAGAUAUGGACGCGACGGAAGGCGAGCUGUCUGGGCCGUUCGAUGACGCCGUUCUGGAGGGACUGAAGUACGAUAUCGCGACCGGAAGCAAAGGCUGGGCAGAGCUGCAAUCACAAGCACCAGAUGAAGAGGAGGUCUUUGCCUUGGCGUACACGUCUGGUACAACCGCACGACCUAAGGGUGUCGAGUACACACAUCGGGGCGUCUACCUUGCCGCGUUGGGCAACAUCAUCGAGUCCGGUCUCAACUACCACAAAGGCCGCGCGAAAUACCUGUGGACUCUGCCGAUGUUCCAUGCGACAGGCUGGACAUUCCCCUGGAGCGUGACCGCAGUACGGGGAACCCACUACUGCCUCCGCAAGAUCGAUUACCCCGAGAUCUGGCGCCUACUCAAGGAUGAAGGCGUCACCCAUUUCAACGCAGCGCCCACCGUCAACACGCUCCUCUGUGCCGCGAAGGAAGCUGAGAAGUUGCCUCAACAAGUCCGAGUCACAGUCGCAGCAAGCCCGCCGUCAGCCUGGCUCUUCGAGCAGAUGACCAAUUUGAACUUGCACCCAGUCCACGUCUACGGUCUCACCGAGACCUACGGCCCUAUCACCAAGGGCUACCACAUGCCCGAAUGGGAGGAGUUGCCCGAGAAAGAUAAAUACGCGAAGAUGGCUCGACAGGGCCACGGAUUCGUCACCGGCCUGCCUUGUAGAGUCAUCAAGACAGAGCAGGAAGAAGGCGUGCUCAUCAACGUCGAGAAGAAUGGCCAGGAGAUUGGCGAGAUCGUGUUCGAAGGCAACAUCUGCGCGAAGGGGUACUACAAAGACGCGGAAGCGACGAAGAAGUUAUGGGCAGGUGGUGUGAACCACACGGGGGAUUUAGCGGUCUGGCACCCAGACGGUGCGAUUCAGAUCCUGGACCGCGCGAAAGACAUCAUCAUCUCAGGUGGCGAGAACAUCUCUUCCGUAGCCCUCGAAGGCAUGCUCGCAGCACAUCCCUCCGUCCUCGAAGUCGGCGUCUGCGCCGUCGCAGACUCGCACUGGGGCGAGCGACCCAAAGCGUUCGUCACCACCAAAGACGGCACGAAUAGCGAGUCGCUGGGUGACGAAAUGAUCCAGUGGGCCAAGGAGCAGAGCAAUAUCAGCAGGUUCAUGGUGCCGCGGGAGGUAGUGGUUGUGAAGGAGUUGCCGAAAACGAGUACAGGAAAAAUCAAGAAGAAUGUGUUGAGGGAGUGGGCCAAGGGGAAUAUGGACGCGCAGUAGUGCGCGUUUAAGCGUGGCGGUGUGCUCAUUUGUAUUGAUCGGCCGCGAUUGCUGAUACACAAUUGUAGAAGCAACACUAGUGUGUCGCUGCGUCAUUUUUUACCCCUUACUCCUCGUAUGCAGCAUCUUGU